AUCCUACUGACUUAGGAAGGUUUAUUUCUUCAAACAGCACGUUCUAGCUAUCCGUUUCAAAUCCAGAUUAACGUUACACAGUCAAAACAAGAAGUAUUCCUAAAACUGAUUAAAAAACACUGAUAUAAGCUAUAAUUAUCUUUCGUCUGAUAGGUAUAUAAAAAGACGAAGGCUUAAAGAUGCGCCAUUUGUGUUUGAAUGCCAGCGCAUCUUGUUUAUUACUCAAAGUGUGGAGAAAUAUAAACAAAAAUGAAUCGAGUAAUAAUCGCAUGCGCCCUUCUCUCGGUGGCUGCUGCAGCCGUCAUUCCUGAAGAUGCUCAAGCCCAAAUUGUCAACUACAAGAAUGACAAUGACGGCCUUGGAAAUUACGAGUUCAGCUUCGAGACGUCUAAUGGCAUAAAACGUGAAGAAAGAGGGAGAUUAGUGAACGUUGGGCAGGAGGAUGAACAUAUAGUUGUGGAAGGCUCGUACUCUUUCCUAGACGACACUGGAAAACUCGUGUUUAUCAGAUACACUGCUGAUGAAAAUGGAUAUAAAAUUGGACCAGCACCCUCGAAAGAGGUCAUAUUUCAGCCGCCGUUCGCAGCUGGCGUUCCGUCAGGAGUGGUAGCAUCUUUAUUGGGAUAACAUGAAGCAAGGAUUUAUCGGAAAGAACACUUUUCAAUAUCUACUUAAACUUACUACUACAUCCUUUAAUCUAAUAUAUGUUAAGGAAAAAAAGUUUUUAACUUUCAAGUUUACGUAGAAUCAAUUAGACUCAAUAAAUACCGAAUGAAGAACAUUCUUGAGCAAGUCUCAGCUGAAACAUUAUUGUACAUAUUUUUCAUAGAGGCUGCAUUUUAUUUUAAAGAGAACUAAGUAUACAAAUGUGAAUCCA